GAGCAGAAAGACUUCCGAGAAGCUGCCCUCGAGGCAGCGGCGCGAGACCAUGCGCGGAUCUUGCAGGAGCAGCGCCAGCAUUUCGAGGGUCUGCUUGAGGCGGAGCGUCGCUGCACAGAGUUGGAGCACGGCCGUCGUCACCAGGUCGAGGAGAAACUUGCCACGGCCUUGGAGGCGAAAGCAGAGGUGCUCGAGGCCAAUGAUAAGACAUUGGAGGAAGUGCAGGCUUUGCAUCUGGAUCAGCUCAGCUUGGAGCGCAAACAGCGGCUGCAAGCCGAGGCCGAAGUGCGGCAGUUGCAGGCUGAGCUAGAGAAGUUUUCCGUGGUCUCCAUCUCGGACUCGGAGCUGGCCACAGAGGCAGAGACAGCCGCC